AUGCGUACUUCGUUCGGCUGGUCUGACUUGCUUGUAGCCCUCCUCCAGCUGAAUUCGAACAAAGCUGACGUAAGUUAUGUCGUUCCCGCGAACUAACGAACUACGGCUUACUAACCUCAUAAGCGGAGAGAGGUAAGGAAGGCCAGUAAGUAAACAAAAUUAAUAUUCAAAAUGUGCAACGACCUGACGAGAGAGCACGCAAGCGGCGCGAAGCUUACAAGCGGAGGAGUGCUCGUCACGUUAAAACAAAUGCUACAGUAAAACAAACGUGACAAGAUUGUCAAAGGUCAAGUAGUCCAGUACUUCAGCACAAAGCCGUCCUCCGUUAAACCAUAUAACGCACACAGGGUUCGUGUUGCACGUAAAAUUGACGGUCUCAUACCCGUGCCGCUUGUUUAUGUCAUGGAUACACAGGAGGAAGUGUGGGAAGAAUAGCAAAUAACCGUGCUCACAGGACCUAUAAAUUGAUGCCUAUACCUCUACUGCGUUUCCAAACAAAGCCCUCCUUUCACUGUACUUCAGGACUCGUUUACUGAUUUGCCACAUCGAAAGCAUUCAUAAACGCACAGUCAUCAUAUUAGUAACGUUCUGUCUACGCAAUAUCCAUAGUUGAAGCAAAUGUGCUCGGGAAAAUGAGUGGACGCGAAGCCUUCUAGAUCCUCAGCAACAUGCGACCUAUUAGACGCCCAGAAAUUGUGACAAAAAGGUUAAUUAUGCAUACAAAGCUGUAGUUGCAGGGCUUAAGAACUUUAUGCCAUUCUUGUUUUUAAGUCCUCUUAGAUACAAGUUACACAUUAAACACCAUCGUAAAGUCGCUAUUAAGAGGUCUAAGAACUUCCGUUCAAAAUAAGAGGCCAAGAACUUCGCUUUUCUGCACUUCCUUUUUGCAAAUAGCGAUCUCAGAAACUCAGAUAUAUUCUUCCCUUAACGAAAUGAACUAAAAUUGUUGCCAUUAAAGACGCAAAUUAUUAAAAGCGAAACUCCACCUCUAGUAAUCAGGUCUUUGUUUUUGCAUAAAUCCAAGUCUAAAGAAAAACGUUUCAGAAAGACGACUGAUCUGUUGAAGAAGUUUUAGGCCUGUUUUCCAGCCACACUUUCAAUUUCUAACAUUUGACCUUAACUUUUGUUUUAACGCAUCCGUUUUGUUAAUGUAUGGCCCCCACAAUGUGUUUUUCGCUGGCCCCACAAUGAAUCGCUCUCCCAGCAUUAGGCGUUUUCCCGAAAUACCUAUUUUCUGAUGACGGAAUUUAUACGCUACAUCAAUGAGCGUGAAAUUGGAAGGCACGGAAACACUCGAAGAACAGCAGUUUCCGAUAAUAUCACAGCCCUGCGGACUUCCGGCGCGAUUUUAGCGAAAACGCCGUUAAAUAGUCGCUCGACAUAUUUAUUGCGGUUAAACAAUGACAGCAAGCUAAUCGCUGCUGCGCACGCAAAUCGCACCGUUGCAAUUUAUUCGGCAAGUUCGGGCUCACUUCUCGGCUUAUGUGAGGGGCAUGAACGGUCGCCGUGGACUCUUGCAGUGAGCAUCCGUUGACUUUGCACCAACUAUGCGUUUUUUGCUGUGGAACUCUAGUUUGCUUUGCCCGUUAUUCUUGGUAGGGCCGAGCCUUGCAUAGCAGUUACCAUCAUAUGAACCAGCACUGGUUUUUUCGUCUAGGCCUUAUAUCGGAAGAACGUCUUACUUUCUAUGCACUUUCCUUUCUGAAAUACCUUACAUUUGUCCCCUCAUCGAACUCAAUUUUUGUUAUGCUUGUCGAUAAGACUAAAUAACUAUGUGAUUCCUCAAAAUUCAAUAUUAAAGUGGGAAACUGAAUGAUCUGCUGUGCGAGCAGAAACCCUUCCUUUCCUCUGCACCGCUAAUAGCAACGGUUGUAUUAUGUCGGCGUGGCAUCAUUUUGGUCCCAAGAGCGAAAUGUAUAGGAUUACUUACGAUUUACUCCGGAAUCAUCACAAAACUACACAUUUUCUUUGCUAAAUGCAAAUCGAAGCCCCCUUCCAAAUAAGCUUGGUACUUCUGCAAAAUAAUUCCUUGCAGUGGUAGUUCAGCACGAAACACGAAUUCCUGGGGUGCCCAAGACGUUAAUUUUUUAUGACCGGUUCACCACCAGGUUUGGCAAAAGUGGCAAAAGGUCGCAUUUAUAAAAUCGGAGGCAGGGAAUGAUGCUCACCAAUACCCAUACGGAUCCGUGCGCCGAAAAAAACAUGGUCGUCCCGUCGCUCUUUUUAACCGUCUGUAGCGUUGCUCAAAUCUGUAGCCGGUGCAUGGCCGAUUGGCAACGACUAGCAAGCCAAAAAAUGGUCAUCCCGAUCUCCUUUGUCUUUAUCGAUUUUUAUUCGGCAACAGUACUACCUAACUCCUUGCUUGUAAGUUUUACAGUUCUGCCCACACCCCUGCUUUCUGUACUGCUUUGAAUUUCUGCGGUCAUUUACCCUUUUUGGGACUUGUGGAUUUCUCCUAUAUUCGGCUUAUUUCUCUGCAGUUUCAUCCCUCCAACUCGACCUUGUUGGCCAGUGGUUGCCUUGGCGGUAGUAUCAGGCUAUGGAGUCUUGAGUGCUUAAUUCAUUCGCGCGAGGAAUGCCAAGAAAACACCUCCGAACCGCCCCGGCUGACUGCCACCCGCAUUUGGAAGCAAGCAGGCGCCAUUGCAUCUCUGGCAUUCCACCCUCAGCACCCAAUACUCGUUGUCGCUUGGUACUGUCUUCUUCUAGAUAAUCAACAUUUUCAUUGACUUGAUGUCCAUCUAUCUGAAAUUCUCAGUUGCACAUACCUCAUAGUACCCUAUUUGGAUCAUAACUUGUUUGCUAUUUUCUUAAAUGACACUCAAGGAACACGUAUUGCGAAAGCUUUAUUUUGCUAAUUCCUGUUGCAACACAUGUAUCGAAUGAAGAUAUGGUUGUUAACAUUUUAGGACACAGGAAGUGGUUUUUUAUGACUGGGUAUCUGGACGAACACUUUCAGUUUGGAAGUUUGUAUCGGACCAUUCGCGUGUGCGCUGGGUCAGUCUAAGCCCCGAUGGUACCCUUCUCUAUACUGCUACAGCCAAUCCCCCGGACAGCCUUGCAUCCCAUCAUCGACACCACAAUUCUGUUGUCUCAUCUUCGGCAACUUCCAAAGUAACCCUGACACGUAUGUUUUUCAGUCUUUGUUUUGCAGCCAUCAUCAACUGUUAGAAUUAUCUGACUGGCCUGGUUUCUUCAAAUUUGUCCUGUCUUUGCCUAAUUAACUUGCAUGUCAUUCCUUUCUAGCCACAGCCUCAUCAGUUUCGUCCCAUGGAACUGGAUGUUUGCCCCCCACUCAUUCCAAGCAAGAAAUUCCACCUUUAGUUUCCCGCCACCAGUUACUAAACUUCCUGGUGCGACAGCCGAAUUCGUGGUUUCAACAGCGCAGCAUCUGCAGUGCAUGUUCCUUGCGUCUCUGUAAGUGGGCAGGAACACUUGGCCCGUUCUUUCCCAUCACACACCUUAACUCACAACAAGGUCUACUGGCCGCGCAGCGUGCAGCAAUACUUGCCGCACAGGUCAUUCGCAUAGAGACCGUCGACCUUCCCUUCACUGUGCAAAAGCUGGUCCAAAGCGCAAGGAAUGGUGAAUCAAAACUCUGCGUCCCUUAUCUUCGCAGCGACCCAAAUCCCAGUGCUGUCGCAGUCAUCGAAGAUUUGCCAGCCAAGGAAUUUCUUCUUUCACGUGGCACCUACUGCAAAUCCGGAUCCCCUGGCGUCUUCGCAAGGAGUGGAAUCUGUUGUGGUGGUCAUGCUUGUGAUCUUGUUCUCAUCCACAGGGAGCUCAUGCGUAAUUCGCUGUGUAGACCAUGUCUACAGUCCUUUUGGCGCUGGGCCAAUGAAGCAGUUGACUGGUGGACGUGGGAUGCUGAGGGCACUCCAAACGUGUAUUCUCCAAGGCAUUCCUCCGUAGACACACCCAUGUCUUUUUCAACAAGGCGUUGUGCUUCUCCGCUUUCUAUGUCUUCCUCCCAAACGGUUAGUUACCUUUUUAAACAGUAAGACAGUCUUCAGGCUUCUCUUAUUGGACAUUUGUCCGGGUAUCUAGUCAUGUUCAAGAAAAACGUUUGCUCCAACAUUCGCACGCACCUCAAACCGUUUCCAUAAAGUACCAUUUUCUACCUCCAGCAGGCCAGCCAGGAAAAGCCCGGCCCUCCUGUCCCGAGUGUUACGGUCGGCAUGUGCAUCAACUGUAGCAUUGAUGUUAAUGACUCCUCCCGUGUCGUCCAUCAAGCGUCAUCCGAUAACCUGAGUCGAACAUCGUCACGUGUCUGUUCCGCUCAAUUAUCCGUCGUUCGAGCGGCCCUCAGCCUCAUUCGCAAAAGAAUUGGCAACGUCCACGAAGUCACGCGGGUUACUUACCUUGCCCCAAGCAUUAUCAAUGACGCAGCACUAUCUCGGAAACUCUCCUGUAUGUUGCGAAGCUCGUCAUGUCGUCCUUUCGCCUCCGUGGCUAGGCAGCUCAAUCUUCCACCAGAUGUUAUACAGUUACUUCAGAGUCAGGUCGUCCUGGCUGGGAAACGUGAACUUGAGACGGAAGGCACACUGCCGAAGGUGAGUUAUUUGCAUUGUCCUGCCUGGUUUUAUUUUUUGCUCAAACAAUAGUGCCUGUGCUUCUGAUCUACUUCUCUGGGUGGAAUGAGAGUGCUAUUUUUUUCAACUUAGAGGACUCCUUUGAGGAUUUAACCGAGGCUUCCAUGUUUUCAAGCAUCCUGUGAUGAGUCUGGUUUACCCGACAGAACUUUCGUAAAUAACUUCCUGUGAUGGAGCAUUAUUACCGAUAUGAACGAGGGAGGUCUAAAUGGCUAUUUCUGGCUUAUUUGUUGCGACCCGAAGGGAUCGGUAGAUGAUGGUUCCCCCUAUAACUAACCCGUGACUCCAUGAUAGAGCCUCCGGAGGAAUAAUCAAGGAAAUGAUGGAUCGAACCCCCAGUCUGCGAACUACGACUGUAGUAUGGGCGGCUGGUGCUGACAUUUAAGUAAAAUGGCUAUCCCAGUCUUCUUUGCUUUUGUCGGUGGCACUUCUUGUUCAUUUACUAAGAAAGUGAAUACCGCGGACGCUUGAAACUUCGGACAAAAUUCAAGUUUUGCCCCCAUCGUCUUCAGUUUCUUCUGAUCUGUUGCACGAACCACAUGUUCUGUUAUAUCAGGUGGUGCUGGAGCGUACACGUGCUUUAAGUGCACUAGAGCAACUCCUGACCAGCAAAAUAAAGCCCAUGGUCUGAUGACGAUUUCGACUCAACCAGCAGAUAUCCCCAUGUUUACACCAAGUGUGUUUAGUAUAGCUGAAAUUCCUUCUCAAGACGGGUGUAGCCAUAAUGUACCAUGCCUUUCAGUGUUAUUCUGACAUCUUGUUUGAUCCAGUGACUAUCCGCUUUUGUCAUCCUUUUUGGCGCUUUCACUUCGUGCGCCUCCAGCGCCGAAGUCUUUAUGGUCGACCAUUUCGCUCAUCUCGAUAUUGACUUUUCCUCCAGGAAUGGAAUCUGUCGGGCAACUCCAUUUGACGCUAUGCCUUUAUGCAUUUGCAGCCAACUGGUCCUCAGUUUCCAGCACACGUGGAGUAAUAUCAUCCGUGUUAUGCGUUUCUCAGAAUCCCAGCCCCCUAAGGUCUCUUUGAUCUCCCGUUAGUACAGUGCGAUGCGUGUCAAACCCAUUGCCAGCUAGUCUGCAAUACGCGCCCUGGUUCUUAUGACAGCGACGGUCCAUCUCGAGCAUUGCCCCGCCGUUUAUUAUUCGGAUCUCUGUUUUCACAUUUUCAUGUCGCGCACAUCUAACAACUGCUUGUUCAAAAAUCAUUGGUCGCUAGGCCCACUGUUUCUUAUUUAAUGGCCGGCGGCCAUUGCAGUGUAUUGUGCAUGCUGUUGUGGUUUUGGUUGACCUCUACUUAGACCCUUUCCGCGCUGGCGCUCAUCGCCGGACGGGAUGCGGGUAAUCGCUUCAUAUGUCUGCCAGCCGGGCGGACACGCGCGCGCGACACUCCGAGUUCGAUGGCGCCCCUCUGCGCGCGCGAGCGCCUCGCUACUCUAUGUUCUGCCACCGCCGCGCGUCAGUUAGCGCCGCCGUCGUGAUGGUCGGCGCUGAGGUCAUCCGCAAAAGAACGCGCUGGUUCGCCUUGCGCUGCUCUAUAUUGUGCGCACGCACGCUCUGACCUCUGGUCAUCGGCACCGGCGCUUCGAGCGUGCUCGCGGUCACGUGACUCUGGCCCUUGCGUAAUCUUUCCCGCCAUUGGUCGGCUGACUGCGUUUUAUUAUGUGCGUGCGUAUGGACUUUCACGCGCUGCAACCCCGACAACGGGUUACAGUUCCUACCGGGGGGACCUCGCCCAUCGCGAGCAGUGACGUGCCCCUCUGUCCCGCUAAGCUAACUGCAGUUCUCCGUCCACUAUUGUCUUCGCAUAAGUGACACCUCCGAGCCUCCUAUUAGCAAUGUGUAGGACUGUUAUAGACUGCAGCUCAUACCGUAGAUUGCUGUUCAUCGAAUCGUUUCAUAAGCCCCGCGACUGCCCCAAGUUACAUUCAAGGAAGAUGAGGCUGAGAGCGUAACCUGCAUUAUAGACAGGCAAGGGCAAUCUGUUGGGUCAUUCGUGAGGGCCUAUAGUUGCAGGUCACACCAUGCCGAAUACCGAAGAAGUAGAAGUGAACGCUUGAUGAAGAGAGAGGCAAAGGGCAGCCGCUCAGAUUGGCUCUAGCACAUUUUACAACUUGUACAAUUCUAACAAUUGAGCCAGCCGCUUGACCGGGCCAAAUCGUCUUGACGCAAUAUGGCCGACUAACCAGAACUCACUGUAGUACGUGAGGGAUCUAUUUUCGACCCACUUUGACUCAUUUGAAGUUACCUUCCAUAGUUUCGGAACUCUGUCGUCAUUUACGAGUGCUCAAAAUGUAAAUAGUGAGAGAACGACCCAGGACUUUUACCGUUUUUGUAUGAGUGAUUUUUAUUUUCUGCAUGAAUCAGUACGCUAACAGUAGUUAUCGCCAUCAUUAACAGUUAAGUCCAAUGCUAAGUCAUGUGGACUCGAAUUCCCGUUGACUUCCUUUCAAUUUGUUUCACGUGACACCAAAGCAUAAUUUGUCGUCUGGUCACCAAAUAUCUGACCCUGCUAUUGAGCUACGACCUACCUGCGUCUCUAUCGACCAUCUUGGCGGCAUCAUUUCCACACUGAUCUGGACGUAGAUUGUUUGCACAAGCUGGUGUCUAACCCUCUGCGCUGUUCGGUAAGAUAGGAAAAGGAAUGAACCAUACAAACUCGGCGGAAAGUGCACAUGAGGAGUUUUUAGAAUAAAUGAUUUACACUUUGUCUGACUAACUUGCUGGCCGAUCUCCAUCGUUUUAGCCCUAAAGUCGGUUUCGCUUAAUCCACCUUGGUUGCGUACAAGUUUUAAGUUAACAAUAAUUUCGUUAUCACUUGAUCGCUCUGUAAAUCCGGACUGAAUAAUGCUAAUUCGAGCUGCAAGGGAUCCUAUGUCGAAUCCUCGGUCUAUCAUACUUAUUCAUUUUGUUAGUAACGGUACCCACACAGCUGCUCGAUAAAGCAGUUAUCAUUAUUAUUAUUAUUCCGUUUUUUCAGCGCUCUAAAUAUGCGAUAGAUGACGUUGAUGCCGGUAGCUGUGACACCUCUGCAGAAUCCGACAGGAAUCACCGACCGGCUGCCCCUCCGGCUGCCCCUCCGGCCACAGUUUCCACCCCUCCAUCCAGCCCAUGCAGAUCUGGCACGAAUCUGGCCGCGGAAGCCGUCCAUCUGGCCACCUCGCUGGAUGUGUCGAGAGCUGCAUGGAACAGACCUCCUCCAGUGCGGAUUGUCUCUGCGUCCAAGAACGACGAGGGGAAUCUGCACCGCAGCGGGCCGUCCAUUUUUAAUUUUGUUCCUCUGGGUAGCCGUCUUUUACAUCCAAACCACGAGGUGAAGCUGGGUGCUUGUAAAUCCUCACCUAAAUCGAACAUUCAGACCUCACCAAUCCACACCGACACAUCUCGCCAUUCCAGCAACCUCGGGGAAACCAUGCUUGAUGAUCCAGGUUAGUCACCCUCACUCGUCCUCCACAUUCUGUUUAACUCGAAACUCUUGUCAGGCGCAUUCCCUCGAUCGGUCUCAUUUGUCCAGCCAAUACUGUGCGUGCGAAUCUGUUUUUUGGUCACAAAGAAUACAUUAUUACGACUUAUUGGACAAGUAAAAAUCGUGAUCUUCUCCCACUAGGGUUAAAACAUUUUGUCACGAAAGAGAAACAGGUCAAAGCGUAAACUUUUUCAUCAUUCUUGCCAUUCUGAGUAAUAAUAACCAGUUCAUUAAUUAUAAACGACGAGUCACGGCUUAUCGGGUCAGCUCCCAGAUCUUUGAUUCCAUCUUCGAAUUUGUUGCAUGUAAACCUUGGCCCAACCUUGCUGUUGCUUUUAUAUCAGUCAGUUUCGCUGUAUGUCAUCUAUCCUCUGCUGAUGCGCUACGGACUAUAGUCUUGUUUCAAACCACAAUGUAGACGCGCCUUCUUUCGCCUAACACUUGUCCGCCGCCGUUAGUGAUGAUAAGUUAAUUGCCUCCUUUGGUGAUUGCUCUCGACUCUCUCAGGAAUGGCAGCCUGCUGCAAAUGCGGACGCAUUGUUCCAUACACGAUUCCUGUGGGUCCGCAGUCCAACAUAAAUGAGGCCAUCUGCGCUAGCCUUCUUUUCCCAGCGGGUUAUUCCCCGUUCACCCUGGAAUCGAGUGCUGGCCGACCUCAUCAUCAACCAGCACCACCCUCUCCGAACUCACACAGCUCGCGGCACGACGGCGGAGGACAGGAGUCACCAGUUUCUCUGCAAACGUCGUCGACAGAAGGCGUCUCACUGUCACACGGAGGCGUUUUCUCCAUGCUCAGUCAAGCCAACUCGAGCUCUGUCCUCACCUCGAUGCAGCAGGGCAUUACUAACGUCAUGGCGAGUUUGCUGGCUGAUAUGGGUGAUCACGCCUCCGCCUGCAGUCUCCAGGUGAUCCCUCUAUACUAUUCUGCAACUUAUUUAACAAAAAUAUGAAAUCUCAUUUUCAUGAAACAACGAUAGACGCAGCAGGUCCUAAUUCGAAACAGCAUUAUUCAGGCACGAUGCUGUUUACUCGUAAACUUAGACGACCGCGAGUGGAUGCAAAGCACACUAGCUUUCACUCCACGAAAUUUAUUGUGUGUAAUGGCUCCUAACUGUGGCCAUUACAUUAAUUGUACCAGAAAAGAGCUCCGAGAACCCCACUUGGACUGUUCUGUAUUGAAUUUUGAAUCAGUAGUAGUAGUAGUAGUAGUAGUAGUAGUAGUAGUAGUAGUAGUAGCGGCAGUAAUAGUAGCAACACCGCACCAUCGACACCCCAGACACAUUCUGCGUACCCGACCACGCGCUCAUAUCCGGCACUGGUAACUCCUUAUCCACCAGAAUGACCACGGCUAACAGCCGCACCACCCCGACCGAUUCUACAACCCCGAACACAUCGUGCCCUCACUGCCACUGUACAUGUACAUCACGCAUAGGCCUGGUCGGUCAAUUUCGUAUUCAUCGGCCUCGCCAGCCACCCGUGCCCUCCCACCUCCGGCCAUCUUGACAAUGUUUUGACACCAAACAUUGGUGGGGAGGAGGAGAAGGGGAAAGUGUGGUAGAUGCUUCGCAAGUCUGCCAUCACUACAAACUAAUUCAAGCGCAAGUCACCGUCCCUGCCCUCAUCUUGCUGGAGCACACCGCAGACGUAGUCGAAAUCAUAGGUCGAGCUGUCAGCAGCAGUGGUAGUGGUGAUGGCGGCGACGGCAGUGGUUGUGGUGGUGGUGGUGGUGUUCGUUCGUUGUCUGGCGUUCCAGCGAGCAUUUUCGACUGUCUACCAUGAAGGACUCAUUGACUCAGUAUACCGCCCGCAUCAUGAGGUAUCCUGUUGGUAAGUAGCCCUUUGCUUAUUGCAGAUCAAUAGUUCUAGUUGUAUGUGUCGUCACCGUGCUUUGCUGAGCCAACAGUAAGCGUUACCUCUACUACGAUACCUAGAAAUGAGAUGCUCGCUACAACCAGUUUAAAUGGUCGUUCCUCGUGGUUUCUGUCAUCAACGUUGGCCGUACCAUGAGACAGCAAAACGGAAUACCUAACAUUACUGUUUAGUUUUGCAAGACGAAAGAAAUCCCCCAUCACAGUAUUGAAGAUAGAGUCUGAACGGCUGAAUUUUAAGGCCAGACCUAAAAGUGCCCGUGUUGAUAGUGGUUGGUUAGCAUUGUAGUACAAAUGCAUGUUACGGAAACUCCCUUAGCCCGAUGGGCUCGGCAGGCCUUACCUCUGAAGGCAGACAACGCCAAGCGACACUGCACCGGCACGGGAGACCGAAAACGCGCGCACGCGCAGUACGCACCUCCGCCUUCGGCGGCCGGCGAAGACUGAAAGCGCGCAUCGCCAAAGAGCGGGGCAGAUAUGCACAUAGCUAGUUGAAGGCGAAUUAGCCAGUACACCUCUGCUGUUCCAAGUAAAUGUCAGUGAAUAAAGGCGAAAACAGAAAGCCAGCCUGUAAAUUGACAUACGUGCCCAUCUUUCGCCGCCUCAGCGUUCGGACACUCCGCCACUCCCCUCAUUUUGUCGUGCAUCGCAGGAAUCAGGGGCAGCAUCUCCCUCUUAGUGUUCUCAUUAGUCAGUUAGUCUAUUGGUUGCAUCCUGCAUGCUACAUGACUGCAUUGCUUGGCGUCUCCUGAGAUCUUAUUGAAUUCAUUGUGUAGGAUACGACCUACCGCAUCUGCCGAUGGGAGUUGCAGCUCUGCGGCCCAGUUGGAAACGUGACAACAGGUCCCUCUUCACCACAGCACCUCUCCUCCGCACGUAUCGCAAGACCCUACCUCCCGAUGCCCCUGAAUGUGGCUGUCUCCUACAGCAAAAAUAGUCUUGUUGUAUCCGAUGUGCGCAUCUUCAAUGACUCCUCCAUUUGUCUGUCACCGGACGGUAAUCUCCUGGGUGCCUUUGUGGUUUCACGCGGUAGUUCCGCCACCUUGGAUCCCAUUGGGGGACGGAGAACCCCAACAGCGGACAGCCUGCUCGCUAUCUUCCGCCUGACGCCUCGCCGACGCCGUGGCCAGUGUAUUUACGCACGCAAGUUUGUCAACUCAAACCCUGUGUGCCUGGACUUUUCGCCCAAUGCCAACAUGCUGGCUGUUGGCUUGGCUGCCACUGGACUGCAUCACUCAGAGGAACAGGUCGUUGGCAGUCGUUACCGGAUGCCGUUCGAGCCCUCUCGAACGUCCUCAUCCUCGCUUUCGGAUUCGAUUUCUUCUAGUCAGAAUCGUGUGACGUGGUGCAACAACGGUGAUAUCAGUAAGAAGAGUACAGAACUUCAGCCAGUUGGUAAGUACGCUCUUUGGUGGUAUUGAUGGCUCUAGAGUAUUCUUGUACAAACGUCUGAAACUGAUCUACUCCAACUUCGUAGAUAAUUUCUGAGGAAAUAAAAAAGCGACAGUUUCUAAAUUGGAGCAUCUACCAGAAAACACGAGGAAUCCUGGGGGACCCACUGACGAGCCGAACCCCUCGCAGCUGCGCCAUGCAGCGGCAAAGACAUCGGCGAAACACGCGUGUUUGGGCUUUUGGCUAGUACCUGUGCUGUUAGUACUAUAUCAUCUUACCCUAAAGUAUACUACUAGCUGCCUGUCGGCGGUUAAUGAAUAUUACGCGGUUACCCGCUGGGGCUGAUGGUCUUUGACCCAAAUAUUCAUGUAUAAAAUUCUCGGUCUGAGCCUAUAGACCUUGAAUAAACUGAUCUACAGCAACUUCGUAGAUAAUUUCUGAGGAAAUUAAAAAGCGACAACGAGGAAAUCUGAUUAAAUAAACACAUUUACUGCCUACAUCCAACUGUGUGCGCGAUCGAUGCUUAUCCUUUCCUUUUCUGACUUCCCUAGCAUUAGUGUGCGUACUCAGGGCUUUAGAUACUGGGUGUCGUUUGCCUGCUGACUGAUCAGAUAUUCUUUUUCCAUAUUCUUUAAGUCGACAGUAGGUUGUGUUUACGCAAAGAGUCAACUUUCAUAUCAGGUAUAGUUUCCCCAAGCCGGACCGAUUUUGAGAAGACUUGUAGUCUGCAAUGUCCGACCAGUCUACUUAAUGAUAUACAAAAGCUUCGUCGCCUGCUAAGUGACCUUCCCUGUGUACGAGUAGAUCGAAUUUUUUGGCUAUCAUAUGCACAGAAAAUUAAGACUGUUUACUAUUUGAUUUGUCCUUCAACUGGAAAAGAUUACUUGAGUGGGGUUGCAAUUCUGAGUAGCACAGAAUAUAAUCCAAAGUCAUUCAACGUAGGACGCUGCUUUGGUCGAGUACCCUUCCAGUCACCUUUUUGAACUGUAUUCGCAAAAAAUAUGACUUAAGUAGUGCAUAGUUUUUUCCCGAUUAUCUCUAUGGCUCGUAUAAGUUGUGUACCUUUUAAACACCAUCUAUAAGAGUACCAACAUCGUGCAAGCAUCUCAACUGUCAUCGUGACUGAACACCUUUUGGAGCCAAAAUAUUUUCAUUUUGGAUUUGUUAAAUUCUGGGGAAGAAGUCAUUUCGUGUAAAUGGCAUAGAAGAAAUCGUUUUUCUGCAUCCUUUCGAGGGCCCGUAGUUGAGUGCGUGCACUCUGUGCUGCCUUCGGAACGACCUUCUUCGGAGUGUGACCGACCCCUUUUAACUGGAAGUACGCUAAAUAAUCAAUGUGGAUCUGGUUAUAGCACGGAGCAUGGCCGUAUUUUUCUGCUUUGAAGUUCCAUUUUAGAGCCAAUACAAGCAGUCGCAUAGAAACCGGUAACGAUGUCGGAAUAUCGACGAAGCCAAUGGAGACUGGAAUGCCCUUAUGUGCCUAAAGGCUGUUGUUAACCGGCCAUGCACCAGCCGCCGUUCGGAUAAUCCAAACUCUAAUAUCUAAGUGGAACGCUAUACGACAAAGCCACGCGCUGUUAGCCUACUCGAGACUACUUUCUGUGCUAAUUAAUGUUCCAAUCCCAUAUACGUAUUCCCUCUUCCCAAAAGCCACUUUUGAGGUUUCAGGUAAAGUCUCAUGAGUUUGCCGUAUCGUUGCUGUUCUUCCUGGUCUCCUUUACUGUCUGUCAUCCAUUGUCCUUCCUAUACUUUGUUCUGUCCUUUUCAAAUGGACCUCCUACAAUGCUCUAGACAAAAACCAAAUAGGCAGACGUUCGUUUAACACAAUUGUUUCACAUUCUUCCAUACGUCCACAUCAGGCUGGCCUAGUCAAGCUGUUUUGCUAGACGGCAAAUUGCGCUACUGAGCCCCGGAAAGUCCUGCCAAAUCGUCUAACCGUGGCUCGCCGGACAGCAUUUGCAUGAAGCGACUUACUGGGGGAUGGUCAUCUGUAAAUCCUAGAUUCGUGGGUGGGUGUCUUCAUUCCACUGCGGCGCACUCAUGUAAGGUUCCAGGUCUGUGCCGAACGGUGGCAGUUUAUGUCUUAUUUAGUGGUGGAACAUAUUCACCACAAACACUGCCAUGGCUUGCGACUUUUUUAUGGGUAAUGGGGUUCUAAGGCGUAUUUGGAGGUAAUUCCAUCCCAUGAUUCACGACUUAUUAUUUACCAGAUCCGAGAGCCCACUUAUUUCGCCAUCAUUCCUCACUUGUGGCCUUUCCGCGAAUCGCUACCCAUGGACGCGUCGGGUGGCAGGGACACCUCGUCCCUGCACAAGCGAGCUUUGUGGAUGUGUACGAUUUGAUAACUGGAUACGAGGCCUAGGGGAUCUUUAUAAUCUAUCUGACAUCCCGGCUGACUGUUUUUGUGCACCUUUUUGUCUAUUUCUUGGAGUAGUCUAAAUAACACACUAUUUUACUCUCUCCCCUAGCCCGCAUAUUUAAAAUCAGCUGGACCUCGAGUCCUGAGGAUCAUGCGGCCUCAGGUGCUCCGAAACGCUGCCGUUUUCUGCGCAAUCUGAGCGUUAUUCCACAUCCACGACUUCUACCGUCCACAGCAACCUCUACCAACGCCUCUGUUGAGAGCUGGUACCGAUCUCUACUCCUAGCCCCCAGCAAGGUUUCUCUAAACAGCCUCGUCUGGUGCCCUGACGGUGGCAUCGUCUACGGAACUACAAAUGGUCUCAUUGUGCUGGUACGGCCACACUCCUUGCCAGACACGGAUCAGCCUUUAUAUCCGACCACCGACACGAUGCAGCUGCUGUCAGAUGAUAAUAAUGAUGACAGACUACAUCUGAUGGAGGCGGAUUCUCUUGUGGGCAAGCGGUUGCAUCCGUCUCAGCAAUAUCAGUCGUCCUCUGCUCACUUCGCUAUCUACUCAGGGAAUACUUGA